AUGUCGUCAGUUCUGGGGCCCUUGUCUGGAGCCUACGAAGACAGACAGUACAUCCCUGCCAUGAAUUUGAUGUGGGAUGAAGUGGACAAGUGCUUCGACCCAAGCUACAUCCUUGGAGAAGCUGGGCACCGCUUCUGCCAAACAUACGCUGUUAGGGCAGCCCAUGCAGAAUUUCCUUACGCCCUCCACUGCUUGUCGCUGAUGUGUGCUCUUGUGAACGGUGCCAAAGUGGCUGUCUUUGCUACCUCGCCAUCGCCUUUGACCCAGACGAGAAAAUCAUCCUUGACAGGACAUGCAAAGGCUUGUGGGCAGGAGUUGGACGCAAUCAUCUUGACGAACGCGGAGUCCAAGCUGGCGACAUAUUGUGUGGAAGAAGGCGCUCCUGCGCCAGUGCAGCACAGGUUGAAGCCGAAGCUAUUCUCCGCAAUGGUUGCCAGCGCAACACCUGAGGAGUGGUUCCAUCGAUGCUCGGGCGAUUGGAACCGGGUCCGAAAUGCUAACAAGUUGCCCGGAGACUGGUCUGGCCGAUGCUGGUUUGGCUUGCUGGGGAAUUUUGAUGAGGCCUACGACUUCCUGCUCAGCUUGGGUCUCUUGUCCGAUGGGCCUGCGUCCAAGGAGAAAGCCAAGGCAAGGGUGAACCCGUACCAGAGUGCCUUCAACAAGCUCUUGCAGUUUGGAACCAGAGCUUGCGCCACGAAAACGAAUGAGAGCUAUGGAGAGACGCUUGCUAGAACCGUUAGCAUGGGGAUCACUUGCGAUAUGCGCCCUGCGCAACACAUCCCUAUGGAAAGAGGAGUUUCCCGGCACCGAUGGGUUCCUCUCACAGCCGAAAUUGCGGAACUGCUGGGCAUAGCCAAAGAGGCUGCUUCGCCAGAUGCUGCUGCUCAGGAGUGGAAAGACGUUGGCCUUGAAGAUGAAAAAGCAGUGCACCUCACCCAGAAUGCAGCGGGCGACUAUGUCCCAUCAGAAGAUGGGUACCCUGUGAGGCUCUUGGAUGGCAAGAUGAGCCGCCUACGGUUCAAACGUUCUCCUGCGUCGACGUCUGGGUUUGAAGCUCAGCGGCGCGUUGCCAACAGAAGCUUUGCCAUUCCAGCAGAGUGCUCCCUCACGGCCGCUGUCUCCCGAGUCAGUGCCUACUUCGACCAACCUCACCAAGUCAUUGCCCUCACUCCGGAGGCGGAGUCUUGGCACAUGUCCUACCAAGGUCCAGAAGCUGAAGCAUAUUGCUUUGGGAGAUGCAGCGAAAAGCCGCUGGUUCUUGAUGAAGUGCGGGCAAGUGAUUUUGGUUUUGGCGAGAAUGGCGUCACAGUCCAGCCUGACGGUCUCUUCAGCCGUCACUGGACAGACCGGGCAAUCCUGAAGCACACCUUGCUGACCGGCAAGCCAAAGAUGACUCGCAAAGAAGCGUGUGACAAAAUGCGCACCAGCAGGGAACAGGGCCGCCGCAAAGCGCUUCCGAAAGAGAAAUGGACAGCGGUCAUGGCGGCAGCCGCAGAGCAGCAUUCCAGCAUCCUUCAGCUCCAGGGUGAGACUUUGUGUUUGAAAGUGAUCCCAGACACAGCGCAGGGCAAGGUGAAGUACCACAAUGAAUUGAUGAGGGCUUGUGGGCUGACUUUGCGGGAGCUGGUGGUCGCCAUGGAGAAAGUAUCCAGCAACCAGGAAAGGAAGCGCCAGGAAGAUCGGCGCAAACGGCCCAGAGAUGAGGAGUGA